AUGGAAUAUAGAUUAGUUCUCAACAAUCGCAGUGAUGUUGAAAUAACGAACAAUGAUAUGAGCGGUAAAUUCCAUCAACAAUUGAAAUAUUAUAAGUAUCGUCGUGUUCCAUCAAAGAAUGGGAAAGCAAUUUUCUACCUCUUCUUUCGAAAAGAGGAAGAAACAUAUGCCGCUCUUCGAGCAGCACAAUCAAUAAAAGAAAUAUCACUUGUUAGAUACUAUCCAUCUGAUCAUAUUAAUUCAGAAUCUACAUUUAGACCAUUUCCACCACAACAGAUUAUUGAUAUCUGUCGUUAUGCAUUUAGAAAUCGUCUUGAUAAUUUUUAUCAUGUGAUGAAUGGAUCAAUAUCCAUUAUAUUACCCGUAUCAACAAUAAUCCUUCAAUUUCCUGUUGCUCAUCAACAAAAUAAUCAAUUCACUAUUCCAUGUGUUCAUUGUGGACAAUGCAAUUUAUUACAAACAAAUGAUGAGAAAGAAGAAAAGGAAGAUAUGAUUGAAAUUAAGGACGAUGUAAUUGAAAUCAAGGAUGAUGUGAUGCAUAUUGAAGAAGAAAAGGAAGAUAUGAUUGAAAUUAUUGAAGAUGUAAUUGAAAUCAAGGAUGAUGUGAUGCAUAUUAAAGAAGAAAAACUUAGUUUUGGUUUUGAAAUGGAUGAAUACAUCUUGCAUAAAGAUCCAAAUCUUUAUAUAAAUAUGUUUUCGCCCAUUUCAAUUGCAGAAUCAGAAGGUGUAGAAAAUAAACAAUCAUCUCUUCAAGAAGACAAGGACGAAAAUCUUGAUUUUAUUUUUAAAAAAUGCUGCAAUGAUAUUUCUGAAAUCGUGCAAUAUUUAAAAGAAGAUAUUAUAUUAAACAGUUAG